AGAGGGCGGCGGAUACUGCGGGAGGGGACCAGACGGCGGCUUGAGCGGCGGCCGCAGCUGCAGCAGGACGGCCCGCCGGCGGCUCGGGGCCGCGCGCCGGGAACCUCACGGGGCGGGCGGGCGCCGCAUCCCGGCCUGGCCGCCUGCGCCCCGGGGAGGCCCCCUGUGCGCAACCGUACCAGCAGCAUGAGUAGCGGCUACAGCAGCCUCGAGGAGGACGCGGAGGACUUUUUCUUCACUGCCAGGACCUCCUUCUUCAGGAGAGCGCCUCCGGGCAAGUCCCGUUCGGGUCAGCCGGAUGUGGAGAAAGAGAAAGAAACACACAAUUACCUCAGCAAAGAGGAAAUCAAAGAGAAAGUUCAUAAAUACAAUUCAGCCGUCACAGACAAGCUGAAGAUGACCUUGAAUUCAAACGGGAUCUACACUGGCUUCAUUAAGGUGCAGAUGGAACUCUGCAAACCCGCCCAGGCCCCUCCCAGCCCCAGCAGCAGCGGCUGUAUGAACACGCUCCACAUCAGCAGCACCAACACCGUGGGCGAAGUGAUCGAGGCCCUGCUCAGGAAGUUUCUGGUGACCGAGAGUCCCACCAAGUUUGCGCUUUAUAAGCGUUGUCACAGGGAGGACCAAGUGUAUGCCUGCAAGCUGUCGGACCGGGAACACCCGCUGUACCUGCGUCUGGUCGCAGGGCCCAGAACAGACACGCUUAGUUUUGUUCUUCGGGAACACGAAAUUGGAGAGUGGGAAGCCUUCAGCCUCCCGGAGCUGCACAACUUCUUGCGCAUCCUGGACAAGGAGGAAGACGAGCAGCUGCAGAGCCUGAAGCGGCGCUACACGGCCUACAGGCAGAAGCUGGAGGAGGCGCUGGGCGAGGUGUGGAAGCCCGGCUAGGGCGGAGGGCUGCUCCUGCCUGGAAGGCACAGCUCGGGACGCUGAGAGAGUGCCUGAUUGCCUCUCUUCUCGGAGAGCUGUCCUCCUGCCCCCCACGCCGGGUCUUCCUCUUUUCUCUGUAGACACAGUUCUCAAAGCCUGGUCUCACGCAGCACCCGCGCCUCACGGAUUGGCACAAGGGACUCUGCAAGCUUGUUCUGGCCUGGCAUGGCGAUGUUACCUCUUGCAAGCUGUGAGCCUGCGGUGGCCGCCGGGGCGUCCUGGAGUGCUUGGGAGCCUGGACUCUGGGUUGGCGCCCCUGUCCCUGUCGUCUUCUAGCUACUUUAGUGGUGUGAGUUUGGUCAGUGUCAGGAUGCAAAGAUGAGCUUUACUGAGCAGACUCUGAAGUACUCGUCCUACGGUGAAACUACCUGCUUGUUUUUGUUCUGUUAGAGCAGUUUACCUACAUGAACUGAAGGACACAGGAAUUUGGGAACUCUGGGGGAUUGGGAAAAGAUUUUGGAGGAGUUUUGUAAAAGAAAGAAAAGAGCAAGUCGGGAAGGUAGAGGAGGGUGAGGGCCCAGGGCCUGGGGAGGUGGCGUGGAUCUAAGUCAGUGUUAGAGGAGAAAGGUGUAUGCGUCUGGAAAGGAGCUAAAGGCGUUCAGGUCGAUGCGGAGCUCAGUUAGGAUUGCUUGGUUUGCUAGUGGUAAAAUGUGGGUCACGGCCAAAGGGCCAGGCGCUGAGCCCCACGGAGGGACCCCCAAAUGACAGCCAGCCUCAGAGGAUUCUACCUUAACCAAAUUGUAGGUAGGCGGGCCCUGACGUGGGCGUCCGUCCGAGACCUGCUGGCUAGAGCCGGUGGCCUGGGGUUUAGCUUCCCUGUGCAGGCCGGGCCUGAGCAUGUGCUGACUCCUGUUAAUAUAUGCUCCCCUCCCCCACAGAGGUUGCUCACAGAGUUAAGAAGGAGUUUGGGUAAGGGCAGCUGCUUCCCCUCAGCUGUUAGCUAGAAAUGUAGCGAGGCCCGGGCUUGCAGCACACUUUGUGACAAUCACCCUUCCCAUUUACUGCCCUUCCUUUUCCAUGCCCACCCCCUUUGCCCACCCCCUCCCCAAGCCCCAGUCAUUCUCCAAAGUUGUUCUUACAAAGCAAAAAACAGGUAUGUCGAUGAAAGGCCGGGUCCUACCGCAUCCUUGCCUCUUCAGAGACUUAACUAAGGGCCCCAAGGAAGGAAAAAGUCCACACCCAGCCGACCGCUCGACAGGCGUUCAUUAGGGAACUAGGUUAACACAGGCGCGCAUGUUCCUUCCAACCAAAGAGACACAAGUGCAAUAGCCAGGCUCGGUGGCCUCCCUCUGCGCAGCCGCUCGCAAACCGGAGAGCGGAGGGAACGUGUUCCGUGCUUCCAGAGGGGCCUCACGGUCGGUCUGUCUGUCUCUAGUCUAGAUAGAUCUUGUUGUUUAUGAAUUCCCAAGGAAUUGUUAACACGUGACACCCGGUGGAAUCUUUUGGAAAUUCCAAGGUGCUCCAGCCUUUCUAUGAACCGUGCCUUUGAUGGAGGAGAAUCUGUCCCUCCGCGAUGGCUCUCCUGACGUGUCAGAGAAUGUCGUCGCCCCGUGGGAGGCAGAUCCAAGUGCGGGCUGUGCCACGCAAGCUCCCGAGACAAUCAGAUCUUCUAAGCUGUUAGGAAGAGUUGGGGAGGGGAUGUAGAGCUAGCUAUAAAAUAUGAAUGGCAUCUUGUUCAACUUUGCAUGUGAUUUCUUUCUCGCGUCAGUGAGGGUUAGUGACAUGGUCAUCCGACACACCGCCUUUGUUGUUCAGGGAACACCUUCCUGGUUCCUGGCCUGGCUUUCCCAUCCAGACCUCGACUUGGGCUUGUGUGCCACCGCCGUCGCAGGCCACCUGGUCUUGGGAUGACUCCUCCCGCCCGCCGUGCGGCUGCUUAGCGUUUGUGAAGCAUUAGUUUCUCAGAUUAAGACACUGUUAGAACCUGCAGUGGCCGCUGAUGGGUGUCUGUGAAUUUUUUUUUUUUUUUU